AGGCCCGUUUGGUAACGACCACAUAUGCGCACAUUAUCUCAUCCACUUCGUCCCUGAUUCCCAUCCCCAAUCGAUCCCUGAAAAUGGCGCAGUGUGUAACCAACACGUUCCUGCAAGGCAAAAUUCUUCUUCCGGUUCCUGCAAACUCCACAAAGAAUGUGAGGAGAGUGGAGAAUUGCGGAGUGUGGUGCAGGAAGAAGGACAUACACCCAAAAUUCUACGAGGACGCGAAGGUGUAUUGCAGCGGGGAGCUGGUUAUGACGACAGGUGGGACCCGUAAGGAGUACGUGGUUGACGUGUGGUCGGGGAACCACCCAUUCUACCUCGGAAACCGUUCGGCAAUUACGGUUAGCGACGACCAGGUUGAGAAGUUCCGUAAGAAGUACGGUGAGCUUUCGGAGAUUAUGCAGAUUCCUGUCCUCAAAGGAGAGAUUGUCAUUCCCUCAAGGCGCAAGGGCAUUUCCAAGGGUGGCAAGAAAAAGAAGUGAACUUUGUACACAUCAAUUAAUUCCCUUGCUUUUUACAAUUGCCUAUGUGCUGUUUGUCACUUUGCCGCUAUGGUUUUUUAUUUUAAAUUUCAUGUUAUUUACGAUGAUGUUUGUCGGUAGGAAAACUGCAAUGGGAUUCAUGUGAUGUUUGUCACU